AUGACUCGCCAGGAGCAGCCGCGUACCCCUUACGAGCCAGAUCUGGAGGAAGAUUGGCUCGCCCCGGAGGAGGAGCAGGUCAUCGAGGGGGACUUGAGUGUGCGGGCAGUGGUAGUCGGGUUGCUGGUUGGAGUCGUGCUGUGUAUGACCAACGUGUACUUUGGUCUGCAGACCGGCUGGGUCUCCAUGAUGUCCCUCCAAUCCGCUUUACUCGGCUACGCCAUCUUCCUAGUCCUCCCCAAGCUCCUCCCCUCAGUCAUGUCCAGACCAUUCACGGUCCAGGAAAAUGUCAUCCUCCAGACUACCGCCGUCGCUACCGGUACCAUGCCCCUCGCUGCCGGUCUUGUCGGCAUUAUCCCCGCGCUCGAGAUGCUCGAUAUCAAGCUGGACGGACGGGGGCCUAUCCGGCUCACAUGGACCCACCUCAUCGCUUGGUGUCUCGCCGUAGCGUUCUUCGGGGUGUUUCUUGCCGUCCCGCUCAGACGGCAGGUGAUCAUCAAGGAGAAGCUGGUAUUCCCUAGUGGGACGGCUACGGCGCAGCUUAUAGCGUUGCUGCACAAGGCGCCGCCGCCUGCUCAGGCGCUGGAUCCGAGCAGGAUCGGAGCGUAUGCGAGGAUCCCGAGGGACUCGAAUGAGGUGACGGAGACGCGGCAGGUUGGGCCGGCGGGUCCGGGCGGAACGGCGGAGAAGCAGCAGGUGAUGGGCGGAUCGGCGUGGAGGAUGCUGGGGUUGAGCUUCGCCGCGAGUGGAGCGAUGACAUUCCUCAGCUUCCUCUUCCCUGUCCUAUACGCUAUACCAGCUUUCGAUAUUCUCAGUAUACCGUUCGGAACCAGCCUCGCCGCCAGCUGGAUGUGGUGGUUCACUCCAUCACUGUCAUACGUCGGGCAAGGCAUCAUCAUGGGCUUCCCGGUCACGGUAUCGAUGAACAUCGGCAUGAUUGUCGGGUGGGCGUUCUUGUCCCCUCUGUCAAAGAUGAUGGGGUGGGCACCUGGUCCGGUCAGUUCGACAACGAACGGAGCUAGAGGCUGGAUACUAUGGGUCGCUCUGGCAAUUAUGAUUGCCGAAUCACUCAUCUCCCUCCUCCCCUCAUUCUUCGCCUCGCUUCAGCGUCAGAUAUCCCACUUCCGUCAGAACAAAGCCCCAACACGCAUGUUCGCCGCAGCUCACUCCUCCCCGCGCGGAUCUCACGACACCGCAACAGGCGACGACUACUAUGAGCCAAUGACGGGCGAGCCGGACGAAGACGCAGAGCAUGAACCGCCUCAUCGGCUCGUUCCCCUCUCGUGGGUCCUCUGGGGACUAGGCGCGAGUGGCGUGCUCGGUGUGGGACUGGUUUGGUAUGUGUUUGGGGAUGAUGGGAUCAAGCCGUGGGCCACGGCUGCGGGUUUGAUAUUGGCCAGUGGGUUGGCGGUGGUUGGUGUGAGAGCACUAGGGGAGACGGAUAUCAACCCGGUUUCUGGGAUUGGUAAGAUCAGCCAGUUAUUGUUCGCCAUCCUCCAGCCUGGAAACGUGGUCGCCAAUCUUAUUGCUGGCGGAGUGGCUGAAGCCGGUGCACAACAAGCUGGCGACCUCAUGCAAGACCUGAAGACCGGACACCUGCUACGAGCGUCACCGAGGUCUCAAUUCUAUGGGCAGAUGAUCGGGAGUCUGGCAAGUGUAUUUGUGUCCACUGCUGGAUACAAGUUCUACACUUCGGUGUACCAAAUCCCUGGGCCUCAAUUCGCUGUCCCAUCUGCCGGCGUAUGGCUUAAUCUUGCUCGACUGCUCAACAAUGGCCACCUCCCAUCGCACGUUAUACCCUUUAUGGCACUCUUCGCGGCCCUCUUUGGGCUCAUUGCGCUCCUCAAAGCCCUCCGUCCCCGUCUGAACCUCGAACCUUCCUCACCCUCCUCCCGAGCCAUAUCACACCUCCCCUCAGGUAUCGCCUUCGCCGUGGGCUUCCUCAAUUCUCCCUCCUUCUCCAUCGCCCGUCUGAUCGGCGGGUAUAUCGCCUACCGAAGCGCAAAAGCCAGCGGGAGGGGCGAGACGCCGUUAUUGGCGAUUGUGGUGGCGAGUGGGUUUGUGCUGGGUGAGGGGGUGCUGAGUAUUGUGAGUCUGGGGCUGACGAGUGCGGGGUAUGGGGCGAUUAGCUGUUGGGGGUGCGGAGUGGGCGGUGGGGGGUAUUGUAGUGGAGGGUGCUCGUAG